AGCUUUCCACUUAAGAGCCCACUGUGGUCCCAAUGCCUUUCCCAGCCGGUUUUCGCUCCUGCUCCAGGCUCCGCCUCCGCCGUGUCCGCGCUUCUCGCCCCACCCCACACAGCAGCUCCGCCCCCGCUCGCUCCGCCCCCGGAGUUACUCCUCCGGCGUUGCUCCCUCAAAGCGGAAGUGAAGCGGGACUGAGGCUCCUACAGUGGUCCCUCCUGGCCUUUGAUGACGAGUCGCGUCAGUUCCGACCCGGACCCGUACGCUGCUGCGCUGACGUGGCUCCCGGAAGUAGGGCUGGCGUAGGGCCGCCAUGUUGCAGCAGGAUAGUAAUGAUGACACUGAAGAUGUUUCCCUGUUUGACGCAGAAGAGGAGACGACUAAUAGACCAAGAAAAUCCAAAAUCAGACAUCCAGUAGCAUCAUUUUUCCACUUAUUCUUUCGAGUCAGUGCAAUCGUCGUCUACCUUCUCUGUGAGUUGCUCAGCAGCAGCUUUAUUACCUGUAUGGUGACAAUUAUCUUGUUAUUGUCGUGUGACUUUUGGGCAGUGAAGAAUGUCACAGGUAGACUAAUGGUUGGCCUACGUUGGUGGAAUCACAUUGAUGAAGAUGGAAAGAGCCACUGGGUAUUUGAAUCUAGAAAGGAGUCCUCUCAAGAGAAUAAAACUGUAUCAGAGGCUGAAUCAAGAAUCUUUUGGUUGGGACUUAUUGCCUGUCCAGUGCUGUGGGUAAUAUUUGCCUUUAGUGCACUCUUCUCCUUCAGAGUAAAAUGGUUGGCGGUGGUUAUCAUGGGUGUGGUACUACAAGGUGCUAACCUGUAUGGUUACAUCAGGUGUAAGGUGGGCAGCAGAAAGAAUUUAACCAGCAUGGCUACUUCAUAUUUUGGAAAGCAGUUCUUACGACAAAACACUGGAGAUGGUCAGACUUCCUGAAUAGAGAAAACUUAAUGUGCUUGUUACAUUGGGGAACAACUGAAGAGAUUCUUGACUCUGAACCUUUUAGAGCUUAGUCCAUGUUGCAACGAGGAGUGUUGGCUUUGUUUUUCCACUUAAAAGCUUUAUUUAUAAAAAGGAAAAGUAGUUUUCAUAUUAAGUUUUUAUUUCCUUUCCAGCAUUUGGGGCUAGAAAGUAUAUGUUGGAUUUAUUCUGUGGUGUAGGUAUGCACAUGUUCCAUAGGUAUGCACACAGCCAUGUAAUAUCAGUAUAUCCCAAGUUAAUGAAAGUGUUCAUUUACAUAGGUAAUGGAGACCUUUGCAUUUUGAUCCAUGAAACAUAGGAGGAUGUUCUUAGUCUGUCUCAAAGCUCUAUGUGUUUACAUAUUAUUUCUGUAGAUUAUUUUCAGGAGUAAAUUUUGCUUCCAUGGUAAGAGUGAGCUCUUUAGCUUAUGUAUAAGUUAGAAAUUAUUGUUAGUUUUUAAUAUGUACUUCAUGGGGAAAUUUCUUAGACGCAUACAAGCAAGUGAAAACAAUUAGGGCCAGUGGUAUUAACUACUUUCUAAAAUCUUAUUUUUAUUUGUAAAAAGUCAUUUACUUAAGGCCCAGUUAACAUAAGUGGAAUCAUCAUCGUUUAAGGAAUACCCAGAGAUUGCUGCUGUUCUAUUUAUUUUACAGAAAGGAUAGUUAGAUUGAAAGCUAUUCAGUGGACCUUGAGCUAAUAGAUCUUUUACCACUAAAAGAGCAUUAUUCUCAUGUCAUAAUGAGAAUAAUCAUUUACAUACUUGGCAUAAUAAAUGCCUAAAAGACAUUUUAUUAUCUGAAUCUAUUUUUUUUCUUGCUAUAAUGGGGAUUAUAAAUUAUGCAUUUGUAUUAAUGGUAUUUCUUAAAGCAUUCUGUGUAACUGUAAACCAAUCUACAAACUAUUGUAGGCAUUUGUAAAUUCUGUUGUAGGUAUUAUAAACUUUGUUGAAGUCUUAAUCAGCAGAUUAUGUUGUGAAUAUAUUUGUACAUUGUUAAAAUAGUUUUUAAGAUUAUUUGUUUAAUUGAAUAAGUGUCUUAUUGGAGUGAUAGCUUUGAAGGUGCAAAACUUUAUAUUUGUAUAAAAUUCUACUGUUUACAAGGCA